AUGGGCAAACCCCUCUGGUCCCGCGACAAGAUCGCCGCCCACAUCCUCGCAGGCGACACCCUCGUCAUCUACCGCAACUCCGUCCUCCGCAUCCCCCCCGCCUGGCUCGCAGCCCACCCCGGCGGCGCCCUCGCCAUCCUCCACUUCGUCGGCCGCGACGCCACCGACGAGAUCGAAGCCUUCCACGCCGAGCACACCCUCAACCGCAUCCGCGCCUUCGCCGUCGGCGAGCCCGAGCUCGGCGACCAUGGCUGGGACCCGCUCCUGCCCCCCGUCAUGGCCGGCUGGGUCCGCACCGUCGACAAGGAUGGCAAACAGUCCUGGCUCAGGGAGGCCGUUGCCGUCCGCUCCGACGAGCACAACGAGUUUACGCCGUCCUCGUCCAUCCUCCUGAUGGAGAAGGACGACUCUUUGCCGAGGCCUGCGGGUAGCGGACCCGCGCUCACCGACCUGCAACCCGCGCCGACCGCGCUCUCGCUCAAAGUCCAGGCACGCCAUUCUGCCGCCUACCGCGAGCUGCACAAGCGGAUCACCGACGCCGGCCUGUACGAUUGCCCCUACUUUACCGGCUACGGUCCCGAGGUGCUGCGCUACGUGUUGCUCACCGUUCUCUCCGUGGUCGCCUACCGCCACCGCUGGUUCAUCUCCAGCGCCGUCUUCCUCGGCCUGCUAUGGCACCAGCUCGUGUUCACCGUCCACGACCUCGGCCACAUGGGCGUCACCCACAGCUGGACCAUCGACCGUGCCAUAGCCAUCUUCAUCGCCAACUUCGUUGGUGGGCUCAGCAUUGGCUGGUGGGUCGAUAACCACAACAUACAUCAUCUGGUCACGAACCACACUACUCACGACCCUGACAUCCAGCACCUCCCCUUCUUCGCCAACUCCCCCGUCUUCCUCAACUCCAUCUACUCGUCGUACUACAAGCGCACCAUGCCCUUCGACGCCUUUUCCCGCAUCGUCCUCACCGUCCAGCACAAGCUCUUCUACUUGGUCAUGGCCUUUGCCCGCUUCAAUCUCUAUCGUCUCUCCUACGCCCACCUGAUCAAGGUCGCCCGCGGCGAAAUGAAGGCCAAGGGCGCGCUCUGGUCCUGGGCGCUCGAGAUGGCAGGGCUCGUCGUCUGGUGGUGUUGGUACCCCGCCGUCCUCCGCGGUUGCGGCAGCUGGCAGAUGGGCCUCGCGUACUUGCUCGUCAGCAACGUCGUGCCCAGUCCCUUGCACAUCGUGCUUUCCCACUAUUCGCGCCCGACGGGUGACCUCGGCCCGACCGAGUCGUUCCCCCACCGCCAGCUGCGCACGACGGCGGACGUCAUCUGUCCCGACUACCUUCAGUUCCUUCACGGCGGCCUCCACCUCCAGGUCACCCAUCAUCUCUUCCCGCGCCUGCCUCGCCAUAACCUGCGCAAGGCAAGCCUUCAUGUCAAAGAGUUUGCCAAGGAGCAAGGGCUCGAAUACGUCGAGUUCGGUUUUGUGGACGGCAACGCUGAGGUCCGCGGCGUCCUACAGCACGUCGCGGAGCAGGUGAAACUUAUCGGCAAGGUCGCCCAAGCGGAAGCGGCCGAAGCGGUGGAAAAGAAGAACGCCUGA